GUGUGUAGGGGUUUGAGGGAGAGCGAGAGACUGCCUUCUGUCCAAUUAAAAAAGUGACCAGUCUGGACAGUAACAUGAAUAAGAAAAAAAAUAAACGACACUCAGAGGAAGAUGAGGAAGAGGAAGAAGGAUCAUUGAUCCCGUACUACUUCUCGGUGAUGACGGGUUCGGACAGGGAUGCAGGGACAUACAGCCGAGCAUACGUCAUCAUUGUAGGAAAGAAGCACAACAUGACGGAGCGUCUCUGGCUUGACUUAGAUGGGAAAAAUGGAUUCCAGCCUGGAUCUCUGGAUUACUUCACCUGUUACGGUACUGAUGUGGGAGAAAUCAAAAAAGUGGAGCUGGGUCAUGACGGUGCGACUCCAGAUAGCUGCUGGUUGGUCGAGGAAUUGUCCGUUGAGGUGCCCACUAAAGCAGUGCGCUACGUCUUCCACUGUAAGUGCUGGCUGGCCAAAGACAGAGGAGACGGACUCACCGCUCGCAUCCUAAACAUACAGGAUGCUGAAAUUAUCAACAUCUCACAGAAGGUGAUCUAUGAGGUAACCGUGACAACAGGAGAUGUUCAGCACGCAGGGACAGACACACAGAUUUACAUCACUGUGUUUGGAGUCUAUGGCACCUCAGAGGAGAUGCUACUGCCAAAAUUAGAGGACAGGUUUGAGCGAGGGCAGGUGGACACGUUUAAUCUGGAGAUUGAGGAUAUUUCUCCUUUGAGAAAAAUGAGAGUGCGUAUAGAUGGUUCCGGAAGCAGACCUGACUGGUUUCUGGAUAAGAUUGAACUGCAUAACCUGCAGAUGGGAGAGGUGGCAUUGUUUACAUACGAGGAAUGGCUGUCUUGCUUGUAUGGACCCAAACGAACGCUCAUUUGCGAGAUGCCUGCUGUGAUAAAUGAUGAAGAAAUGGUGGAGCUCACCAUCUACACCAUUUCUGUGAAGACUAGUGAUGCAACCGGCGCAGGAACCGAUGCUAAUGUGUGGAUGAUUAUUUUUGGUGAGAAUGGAGACACUGGAACUCUAGCCCUGAAAGAGAGCAACAACACCAACAAGUUUGAACGCAAACAGACAGACACAUUCCGUUUCCCUGACAUCCUUAGCUUGGGCGAACUCUCGAAAGUACGCGUUUGGCACGACAACUCAGGUCCAGCUCCUGGUUGGCACCUGGAGUAUGUAGAUGUGCAUGAUGACUACUUGGGGAAGAAAUUUCGAUUUCAGUGCGACCGCUGGCUCGCCAAGAAUGAAGAUGAUGGACAGAUAAUGAGAGAGCUAGCAUGUGCCAACAAUGAUGCAUUAGAUUUCGACGAAAAAACAAAAUAUGAGAUUCAGGUAACAACAGCGGAUACAGAUGAUGCAGAAACCAAAGAGAACGCCUGGAUCGUUCUAGAAGGGAAGAAAGGACGUUCUAAAGAGUUUGUGAUGGAGAACUCGACAAAGAAGAAGCGUUUCUUACGAGGCUGUACGGACAGUUUUGUGUUCUCCUCUAAGGAGCUGGGAGACAUCGCUGGGAUCUGUCUGGGACAUAUCCCUAAAGAUGGCAAGAAAGUCAAAUCUGAGGCCUCUUGGGGUGUGGAGAAGGUUGUUGUCACGGAGAAGGAGUUAGGCAAUAGGUAUAUCUUUUGUUGUAACACCACGAUACCUCUGUCCUCGAAACGAGAUGAGUUCCAGACUUUCGAGUGCACCAAAUUCAUCGAGAGUUUUGCUAGCAAGGCCCAAAGCCUUGUUCCUGUAAAAUACGAGAUCAUCGUCAUCACUGGCGACGAGAAGGGUGCAGGCACCGAUGCCAACGUCUACGUCACCAUCUUUGGCUCCAACGGCGACUCUGGUCGAAGGCAACUCUGCCAGAAGUUCCGGAAUCUGUUUGAGCGCGGCCAGACGAACCGGUUCAUUCUAGAACUGCUGGACAUGGGUGACCUGCUCAGGGUGUGCGUGGAACACGAUAAUUCCGGUCUCAGUCCUGGUUGGCUUCUGAGCAGGAUCGAGAUUACGAACACAGCCAAUGGAGUGACGACAAUCUUCACGUGCGGGAAAUGGCUGGACAAGAACAAGUUAGAUGGGAGGAUAAAACGUGUGAUCUACCCAAAAUAUUGACAUUAAAUCAACCAAAACAAAGUUUCAAGCAGUAUUACUAAUGCUCAAUAUUAUAUCAUAAUGCCACGGGACAAAACCAGAGUAAAUUAUUUUCGUGGUUGUUGUCAAUAUGUCAUAAAUUAGCGUCAUGAGAUAAUUCCCGGAUGAAGUAUGCACGGAAAUUCCUUUAUACUACUUACCUGCAUACCUAAUGGCUGAGUAGUGCGUUCUUCAUCAAAAUUAGUAUAUAAUCUGACAAGCAAUUCGAACGACCUAGUCAGCAUUUUUGCAAUUCCGUUUGGUGGCAGUGGCACAAAAAUGGCACACUUCAUCUUUAAUUGUUAAUGAAAUUACAUUAAGAGAUUGUGCCCUGGAUUCUGAGAGCAUGUAAUAUUGAUAUUUGCUUUGAAUAUACAGUAAAACGUCUUGAAGGCAUCUUUCCACUGGAAUGAAUUAGAAUAAUCACUCGUUGAAUUCAUAAUGGCAGCUGCAUUUCUGAGCAGGAGAAAGAAGGAGCAAUUAAAGAAAUAACUGAGUUUACGCCUUCAUCUUUAUUUGGCCAAUCAAAUCCACUCUUUUAUAAAAUCAGGAAAACAUCAGCCCAUUUACAUUGCUCAGAUUGUUGUAGAAUACAGCAGAAUAUUUUGAUUGAUUCCGGUUUUAUGAUCACGAGAUUCCCCUCAGCGCUUCGCAUAUCACUCAGAAAAACUUUGAAAACCUUUUUAGAUGGAUUUUUCCGGAAAAUUCCAGCUUCUCUCCCAGCUUCCAGAGUGCCACCUUCCUGUACAAGUUGCUGAUGUGCCUUUAAAGUUUGAAUGAUUUAAUGGAUGUUUGAAAGAAUACAUUGUUUGUUUUUUAAUGUUAUUAAUUUGUACUUAUCGUUACCUCUGUGAGGCUGAAUUCUCACACACAUUAAGUUGAGAAGUGCAUGUGUGUGCUGCUAAAUUUAUCCAGUAAAACUCA